AAAUUAAAAUUGCGUCACGCGCGCGAUUGCAUUCUACACAACUAUUUUUUUUUUUUCUAGCCGUAAUUAGAAAACUACAUAUACUUGAUAUCCUGCUCUCAACACAUGACGAAUAAGUAUAAGACAGUCGAAGAGCCGAACAGGAAACCGUAGUGCGAAGUGCGAACGCCGCAUCUCGCGUCACGUAGGCAACAUCUGACGUUUCGUCGGACCCACAAUUGAUAGCCCGCAAUCGUGGGACGAGUGUGAUUGCGUGCCCGCGAGGUAACGCGAAUUCACUGGAGAUACUUUGUGCAUCGCGAGGAACCUCGUCGCCGUUCGUUGCACGGUACCAGUAACGAGAAAACGAUUGAAACAUGGUAGUGCUUAGCAACUUCUUACCGCCACAAGAAGGGAUACGUCACGAAGAACCGAACACUACAGUAUAUAUCAAUGACAGAGAAGUGGGCAAGGGUACAUUCUAUAUCACAGAAAGUGUGGUUUCUUGGAUAGAUAAUAACACACAACAGGGAUUUUCGCUGGAAUAUCCUGAUAUUUCAUUACACGCUGUUUCACGAGAACAACUUCGUCCACGACAAUGUUUAUAUAUUAUGGUUGAUGCGAAAAUAGACCUCCCAGAUAUGCCAUUAGUAUUAUCAUCUGAAAAUGCUUCGGAAAAUGAGGAUGCUGAUGCGGACACUUCAAUUACAGAGGUGCAAUUUGUGCCGGAUAAUACAAAUAAUUUAGAUUUAAUGUUUCAAGCGAUGACCGAGUGUCAAGCACUUCACCCUGACCCUGACAUGAGUAGUUUCUCAGAUGAGGAUAUCUAUGAAGAUGCCGAGGAAGACAAUGAAGGUGAAUAUGAUGAGGAAGUAGGCGCUGGCGACGCACCUUGUAGUUCGCCAGAACAAAUGGGGACCAAUUAUACAGGAAAGGAGGUGGAAGAAGCUAUGGAUAUUGAAGCGGGUCAAUUCGAAGAUGCAGAAGAAGAUCUUUAAGAUCAUUAGAUGCAGAUAUGCAUUUAGUGUUAAUUUACACGCGUUUAUCAAUUUCAUAUGUGUAUUUCGGUAGAUAUACGUGACGUCGUUAUUGCAAAACUUACUAUGGAGCUGUAUCAAACGUUAAAGCACCUAAACAUUUAUUUAUAUUCAUUUUGUACAUGGCGAUAAUUUCCUAGAUAAAAAUAAAUAAUUGUACAUCACAA